GCAGUGGCAUCUUUCUUACUUGGUCGGUUCUCCGGGCUCGCGAUCUUCCUUCCGGAGCCAUGUCAGAAGGAGUGGACUUGAUUGAUAUAUAUGCUGACGAGGAGUUCAAUCAGGACCCGGAGUUCAACAAUACAGAUCAGAUUGACCUGUAUGAUGACGUGUUGACAGCCACCUCACAGCCCUCAGAUGACAGAAGCAGCAGCACUGAGCCACCUCCCCCUGUUCGCCAGGAGCCGUCUCCCAAGCCCAAUAACAAGAGCCCUGCAAUCCUGUACACGUACAGUGGCCUGCGUAAUAGGCGAGCUGCUGUCUAUGUGGGCAGCUUCUCCUGGUGGACUACAGACCAGCAGCUGAUCCAGGUUAUUCGCUCUAUAGGAGUCUAUGAUGUGGUGGAGUUGAAAUUUGCAGAGAAUCGAGCAAAUGGCCAGUCCAAAGGGUAUGCUGAGGUGGUGGUAGCCUCUGAAAACUCUGUCCACAAAUUGUUGGAACUCCUGCCAGGAAAAGUUCUUAAUGGAGAAAAAGUGGACGUGAGGCCGGCCACCCGGCAGAACCUGUCACAGUUUGAGGCACAGGCUCGGAAACGUGAGUGCGUCCGAGUCCCAAGAGGGGGAAUACCUCCACGGGCCCAUUCCCGGGAUUCUAGUGAUUCUGCUGAUGGACGGGCCACACCCUCUGAGAACCUUGUACCCUCAUCUGCCCGUGUGGAUAAGCCCCCCAGUGUGCUGCCCUACUUCAAUCGCCCUCCUUCAGCCCUCCCCCUGAUGGGUCUGCCCCCACCCCCAAUUCCACCCCCACCCCCUCUCUCCUCAAGCUUUGGGGUCCCUCCUCCUCCUCCUGGCAUCCACUACCAGCAUCUCAUGCCCCCUCCUCCUCGAUUACCUCCUCAUCUGGCUGUACCUCCCCCUGGGGCCAUCCCACCUGCCCUUCACCUCAAUCCAGCCUUCUUCCCCCCACCAAAUGCUACAGUGGGGCCUCCACCAGAUACUUACAUGAAGGCCUCAGCACCCUAUAACCACCAUGGCAGCCGAGAUUCGGGCCCUCCGCCCUCCACAGUGAGCGAAGCAGAAUUUGAAGAGAUCAUGAAGCGAAAUAGAGCGAUUUCCAGCAGUGCCAUUUCCAAAGCGGUAUCUGGAGCCAGUGCAGGGGAUUACAGUGACGCGAUUGAGACGCUGCUCACAGCCAUUGCUGUUAUCAAACAGUCCCGGGUCGCCAAUGAUGAGCGUUGCCGUGUCCUCAUCUCCUCUCUUAAGGACUGUCUUCAUGGCAUUGAAGCCAAGUCCUACAGUGUGGGUGCCAGCGGGAGCUCGUCCAGGAAAAGACAUCGAUCCCGAGAGAGGUCACCUAGCCGGUCCCGGGAGAGCAGCAGGAGGCAUCGGGACCUGCUUCAUAACGAAGAUCGACAUGAUGAUUAUUUCCAAGAAAGGAACCGGGAGCAUGAGCGGCACCGGGAUAGAGAGCGGGACCGGCACCACUGAGAAAGGAGUCUGGUUGGAAGCAAAUGUUUUUUUAAUGGACUUGCAUCUCCUCACCUUGAUCAGGACUAAAGGACGGAGGCCACUCCACCCCUCCCCCUUCCUCCAAGCCCCUAACCCCCUUCAGACACCCAGGGAAUACCCUCUGCCCUACAGGAUUGAAGGUUGCCUGGCGGCCCUCCCAAUCCCACACCUCCUGUUUGUCAGGGGAACGAACCUAAAGACUUCGUGUGGUUGGGAGGGGUGGCAGACAGGAAGAAAACAUGUCCAGGCCCCUGGUCUCCAUAGAGAAUGGUGCUCUGUCCGAGGAAACGUAGGAGUUUCUGAGUCUCCAGGAGUGGUUCAGUGGUGAGGUUGGCGGGAAGGCUCUCUUCCCAAAGAAGAUGGAUCCUCCCUGCAGGAUCUGGGAGAGGGACUGGGUGCGCCAAAAUCCGCCCGGGGUCCUGCCCUCAGCACUAGGUUUGAUGGGGCCAAGAGGGUCAACCCCUUGCUAACAUACCACUUCUUUGUUUAACUCCUUUACCCUCCCAGCCCUUGGAGAGGGACCCUGAGAACAGAAAUUCCCUCAUGAGAAGCCUCUCCUGUCCUUGCGUUUCCCUCUUACAUAUUGACGGUUGGUUUCCCUGACCUCCCAGAGGGCCGAACCUUCCCGGCCCCCUGCCGCCCAGCCGCCUCAGUGGACCUGCCCUUCCUGAGCAGAGAAGGCCCCUGAGGUCGCUUUCUGCCGGGAAGCCGGCAGCGCCACUUACCGCCCUCUGCUGCUUCGUGCUUGGUCGCCUCUUGCAAUAACCGGCUGUACUAGGUGUUCCCUUUCCUGGGGCUUUUCCAUUUCACACGUGGAGCCCCUCCCCCGAGAAGGCUGCUUCCUUGUUUUAGAGGAAGAUACUGCCACUGGGAGUUGGGGACAUCGGACCUCAGCAACGAAGAACCCUUGUGAAGUACCAGGAGGAGUGGGAGAGGAGGCAAGCUGGGCAAGAGAGAGCCUACUUCCAUAGGCUUUUCUGUUUUCAGGUUCGAUGUGAGCAGGGGCUUACAUCCUCCAGGUACAUACCUUUACUUAUCGUGGGAUAACCUGGCACUAGUAGGCAGGUAAAGUCACAAAUGUGGUGUCUUUCCACCUUUUGACUGUUGACUUAAUAGCUCCCCUCGCUCUACGUGGAGGCACUUCCUGCCUCUAAUGGGGAGCAAGGAAGAAGUGGAGCCUGACUUGAAUGAGUUCAGCUCAGAGUUCUAAGGACCACCACUCUGGGGGCCGUUUUCUACACAGGCAAAUGGAAUUGCUUUUCCCAUAACAUCUAAGUUGUGAUGUGGUUGCUGCUGAAGGAAGAAGCGGCAACGGGGUCCUGCGGUACCCAUGGGGCGAUGGGUGCUGUUUCUGCCUGCAUUUACAGGGCAUGUGACAUCCGACACGAGAAGAGACGUGGCGUGUGAGAUGAGACUUGGCAUGUGAGACGUAGGGUCACUGGAGACCCUUCUGGCUCAGAGGGGAGAGACUGAGUGGGACUGAACCCUUCCUCUGUUCCCUGCACGUUUCUGACAUAGCCCUCAAUCAGUCAGUGAGGGGUCCCCCCAGGGUUGGAGAGGCACAUUCCCUUGGGACAGAGGCUACAGGUUUGUAGCUUUUUUCCCCCUGUCCCCCAACCCCAUCCCCACCUCCACUUCAGAACACGGCCCCCCGCCCAACUGGCCAAGUGUUAAGUGAUGUGCUUAUCCUCAAGAGCAGCUCCGGGUGUCUUUUUAAAAUGUAGAGAAAACCAAGUAAGGUGACAGUUUAAGGAAGAAAAUAUAUAGAAUACCAGAAAAGCCGUUUACCCGGAGAAUUUUUUUCUCCCCACUUUUGUUUUGUUUUUACUCAAUGACACAAAUUUUAGUUUUAUUUCCUGAUAGCAAAAGGAAAAAAAAAAAAAAAAAAAACAACCCAGCCCUCAAAAAAGCCAAGGCCCCGUCCCCCUGUUGUCGGUGAUUUGUUUGUCUUUCUGAUAGGUUGAAAAUUGUGUAAUAAACUUGAUGACGCUGUCAA